UGGUUGCACGCCUAGAUAAACACAUGUACUUUGCACGCGUUGAUAAAAACAGAUACAGAAACAGAUAAUAUUUGUGUCUCCUACCUUUCGGUAGGCAUGGCUGCAUCCCUCCGCCUCCUCCUCAUUCUAUUCCCUCUCGCCACAUCUGUCUCCGCGGCGCUGGUUUUGCGACCAUUUCCCAACAGGCGGCCGAGUCCCACUCCCACCCACCCCAUUCCUUCCCUUAAUCCCCCUAAUUACCAUAUCCCAACAAGACCAUUUGUCCCCGGAAUUCCCUAUACACGUCCCAAUCCUUCAAUUUAUCCGCCUAGAUCCCAAAUCCCCUCUCUUUUCCCGCCAGUUCACCAUACCCCAAUGAAUCAUUAUGCCUCGUCAACACCAAAUACUGCUUCGAAUCGUCCGAAUUUCAACAAGCCACCGAAAAGCACGGACCAUGAUGCCCGGUCUAGACCAAAUGCUGCUCCGAAUCACCCGAAUUCCAACAAGCCUCCAAAAAGCACGGACCAUGAUGGGUCUAGACCAAAUACCCCUCCGAAUCGCCCGAAUUCGAACAAGCCUCCGAAAAGUGGGGACCAUGACAUCCCAUUGAGACCAAAUACCCCUCCGAAUCGUCCGAACUCCAACAAGCCUCCGAAAAGUGGGGACCAUGACAUCCCAUUGAGACCAAAUACCCCUCCGAAUCGCCCGAAUUCCAACAAGCCUCCGAAAAGUGGGGACCAUGACAUCCCAUUGAGACCAAAUACCCCUCCGAAUCGUCCGAACUCCAACAAGCCUCCAAAAAGUGGGGACCAUGACAUCCCAUCGAAACACGACACCACACCUCCGACUCCGAGUCCCAAUAACCCAGCUCCAAAGUCUAACCCUGCUCCGAAUCACAGCAACCCACCUCCAAAUUCUAACCCCUCUGCGGGUAUGCCUCCGAGUGGUGAUAACCCAGCUCCACCAAAUCGCUAUGCCCCUCCGACUCCGAGUCCAUACGUGUGCACAAAUCCCAUUGUCCGAUCGGCCCAUACAAUCAUCAGGAAGUCCGCCACCCAUUACAUGAAGGGCAGCCCACAGCAGGGCGCCCUCGUACUCCAAAUCACCGUCGGGAGUGGGGGUGGGAUUCUUCGGGGCGUCCUGGAUAUCACCAGCGAGCUGGUAUGGGUGCAGUGCGGCCACUGCCGCACGUGCUUGAGGCUCACUCCUCGAGGGACACGCACCUUCCUGCCCGAUGUCUCCCCCUCCUUCGCGAGGGUUGGCUGCGGUAGUAAGCUCUGUGAGCGUGUGGUCAACGGCCACCAGCCCAAUUGCGAUGCCACAUCCAAGUCCGCCUGCAUGUAUCGGGAGCUAUUCUUCGGCGGCGACCAGUACACCUCUGGCUUCCUCGCCACGGAGAGCUUCACUUUCGGGGCCACGACCACCGCCGGUGUUGUGUUCGGCUGCAGCGCCAACAUCACGGUACUUGGCCUCGCCGCCGGAGCAUCUGGUUUCCUCGGCUUCAACAGGGGCCCAUUUUCCCUCACAUCGCAGCUCAACAUCUCCGGUUUUUCCUACUUCAUUUCCCAUAAGGACAGCAGCAAGAGCUUCUUCAGUUUUUGGGCCGAUCCCGCCUGCGCCGUGUCCGUGCACCAGCAGCCGGGAAAGCACACCCGCUACACUCCACUGCUCCAGCCCACAGCCAACCAGAACCCUUACCUAUACUACGUCAACCUCAUCGGCGUGAAGGUAGAUGGCCAGCUCCUGACGGCCAUCCCAGCGGGAACCUUCGACGUCCGGGUGAAGGACGGCUCAGGCGGGGUGUACCUGAGCACCACCGUGCCGGUCACCUAUCUAGAGGAGGCGGCGUACAGCGUCCUGCGGCAGGAGCUCGUAACAAGGAUCCAGUCGCAGGGCGUGUCUCCGGUGAGCGUCGACGAUGACCCCCUGUGCUACAUGACGAGGUCCUACAAGAACAUCAAGGUUCCAAGGCUCGCGCUUGUGUUCGACGGCGCGGACGCGACCAUGAAUCUCUACACCAAAAACUACUUCCUCCCCGUCGAUGGCGGGCAGACGUGCUUCACCAUAUUGCCCUCCAAUGGCGGGUCCGUGCUAGGGAGCCUGCUGCAGGCGGGCAGGACGAUCACCUACAACGACAUCAAUGGUGACGGCGGCUCGCUGUCGUUCGACUAGGCGUAGACUUCUGCUCAUCACAGUUUAUAGUACUAGAUACGCCACUCGUCUAGUGUGAUGCAUGUCUGCUCCAAUUCUAGUCUAGUAUACAAAAGGACUUCCUCUAGUAUGUGGUUUCCCCUUAUUUGCCUAUAAUUAACCGUGUGUAUUUUGGACUAUUGAAUGUGAUCGAAGAAAGUCCACUUUUCGUCCUUCAA